AAAUCGGAGACAACGGAGCACAACAUCUCGCUGAUGCAUUACGACACAACACCACACUCACCACACUAGAUCUCUACGACAAUCAAAUCGGAGACAACGGAGGACAACAUCUCGCUGAUGCAUUACGACACAAUACCACACUCACCACACUUAUUUUCUACAAGAAUCGAAUCGGAAUGGAGCGGAAAGCUCGUUUGGACGAAUUGAUACAACGAAACAUAGGAGGAAAAUAA